GGUUAUUAAUUUCUGAAUAUCUGAAUUCUUGUUUGUAGAAGAACGUACUUCAGUGGCUGCACUGAAAGCCCCAGGCUAAGGUCAGAUUUCAAGUUCUUGUCCUGGACUAUGACAAUGAUUAAAAUAUGCUUUGCGUUCCAUUUCUGAAAUGCUUCCUGAUCCAAAGAGUAUCCCCCGGAGCUCCAUUCAGUGCUUCUCUACCCUGGUGACUGUUAAGGUCUGAGUGUUCCUUCUCCUGGACAAAAGACUAAAUUUGUGGGCAUCAUCCCUGACGCUAUAUUCUUUGUAAGGACUGAACUCGGAGAAAACAUUUGCCCAGAACCAUGUCAGCAGGGCAGGCAAGUCCCCAGACAAAGAACUUUGAAGUUUGGGAUUAUGUUGUAUUUGCAGCUCUUUUUAUCGUUUCUUCAGGAAUCGGAGUAUUCUUUGCCAUAAAAGAAAGGAAGAAAGUGACUUCCAGGGAUUUUUUAGUAGGGGGCAAGCAAAUGAGCUGUGGUCCGGUGGCUUUGUCCUUGACUGCUAGCUUCAUGUCAGCAGUCACUGUCCUGGGGACUCCAGCUGAGGUCUAUCGAUUUGGGGCAUCCUUCCUGAUUUUCUUCUUUGCGUAUACAUUCGUCAUCAUCUUUACAUCUGAGCUCUUUCUGCCAGUUUUUUACAGGUCUGGGAUCACUAGCACUUAUGAGUACUUACAUUUAAGAUUUAACAAGGUGGUCCGGUAUGCUGCCACUCUUAUCUACAUAGUGCAGAUGAUCCUCUAUUCCGGAGUGGUGAUUUAUACUCCUGCUUUGGCGCUCAACCAAGUGACUGGCUUUGAUCUCUGGGGAUCUGUGUUUGCCACAGGAAUUGUCUGCACGUUCUAUUGUACUCUGGGAGGAUUAAAAGCAGUUGUGUGGACAGAUACAUUUCAAAUGGUUGUCAUGCUGGUAGGGUUCUUGACAGUUCUCAUACAAGGAACAACGUGCGGCGGAUUACAGAAUGUAUUAGAACAAUCAAAAAAUGGCUCUCGACUUGAAAUAUUCAGCUUUGAUGUGGAUCCAUUGAGGAGGCAUACAUUCUGGACAAUUUCUGUUGGAGGAACCUUUACAUGGUUAGGCAUCUAUGGUGUUAAUCAAUCCACGAUACAGAGAUGCAUCUCUUGCAAGACAGAAAAGCAUGCUAAGGUUGCUCUUUAUCUUAACUUAGUUGGUCUCUGGAUAAUUCUGUUCUGCGCAGUCUUUUCAGGCCUGAUCAUGUAUUCUUACUUCAAGAACUGUGACCCCUGGACCGCUGGCAUAAUCUCAGCACCAGAUCAGCUGUUUCCAUAUUUUGUAAUGGAAAUAUUUCCUUCAAUGCCUGGACUCCCUGGCCUAUUUGUCGCAUGUGCCUUCAGUGGAACCCUGAGCACAGUGGCUGCCAGCAUCAAUGCCUUAGCAACAGUGACUUUUGAGGAUUUCGUCAAAGGCUGCUUUCCCAACCUCUCGGACAAGAUGGGCACGUGGAUCAGUAAAGGCCUAUGCUUGCUAUUUGGAGUCCUCUGUACCUCCAUGGCCGUUGCUGCAUCUGUCUUGGGAGCAGUUGUACAGGCUUCCCUGAGCAUCCAUGGCAUGUGUGGGGGACCCAUGCUCGGCCUGUUCACUUUGGGAAUUAUAUUUCCUUUUGUCAACUGGAAGGGUGCCUUAGGGGGCCUCCUGACUGGAAUCAUCUUAUCAUUCUGGGUGGCUAUCGGGGGGUUUGUGUUCCCUGCUCCAGCAGCCAAGACCCAUCCUUUGGUUUUAUCAACAGAACAAUGCGUCCAACUGAACAUGACAGAAGCAUUACCCGCAACAUCUCCUCCAGCGAUGGUUGACAGACCAGCCCUGGCUGAGACAUGGUACUCGCUCUCUUACCUUUACUACAGUGCUGUGGGGUGCCUGGGAUGCAUCCUUGCUGGUUGUCUUAUCAGUUUCAUAACAGGUCCAGAGAAAGGCAAAAAUAUUCAACCACAAUUGAUUCGACCAGUGGGGAAUUUGUUUUGCUUUUGGUCUAAGAAAUACAAGACGUUAUGCUGGUGUGGAGUUCAACACGACAGUGAGACAAUUCUUGACAACCUUGAAAAUGAUACUGCCUGGAAACAAGGAACUGAAUCUGCCCUGAAGAAUGGGCUCAAGGACAGCCAGGACCAUCUUCCUGGCUAUAACCCUGAUGAGAAAAGUUAUACAAAUCUGGCUGCUGAGAAAGUCACCCAUUUCUAGGGACUAAAGACCCCCUCAUGACCCAACGCUUGUUUUUUCACUGCCGUCCUCGACACAGACACACAGGCGCAAACCUGCCUACAGAUAUCCCACUCCUCUUAAAACUACCAGUCUUGCUUUGGGGAUUCUAGCUGGUGGGUAGAAAAGUAUAGCAAUGCUGCACAUGUUUCAAAAUACAUGCUUAUGUUUAUUUAUGAAUACAAAUAAUGUAGAGAGGAGAUCCUUUUCCCAAGCAUGCUAUGCUUUCGAAGCUACCUUCUUCUAUACCCGCCACUCCCUUUGUGAUUACACCUCGAUUAAAGUUGGUUUGAGGUUCAUCAGAACCAUCAAAAUUGGAAGGAACUUAAAGGCAUCUUGCCCACCCCGCUAACAAAAUCCCUGACCAGCAGGCUAUAAGAGUCAGCUUUGAAGAAUUCCAGUAAGAGAACGCUCACGCCUCCAUGAGGCAACCCAUUCCACCACUAGACAGGUCUCAUUACUACCAAUCCUUCCCUUAUAUGAAGACAAAAUUUGUCCCACCACUUGGGUGUCACUUCCACACGAUGGCAUGGAGUGUGCUUUGGGGAGGGGGUUCUGGAUCUGGAGUGGGAGGAUGGGGCCCAAAUCCUGGCUCUUUCACUUACCAUCUGUGUGACUUUAAGCAAGUCAUUAAUCCUCCCUAAGCCUUGGUUUCCUCACUUGUGAAAAACAAGGGAAUCAAUAUAGACAAUCAUUAAGGUCUUUUCCAACUCUAAGGUGAUGAGGCUAUAACAACCCUUUCCAUAUUUUAAGCCUGGAAUCAUGCCUACUCCUCAGAUGUCUCUUCUCCAAAGUAUGCUAUUCCCAAUUUUUUACUACAUAAGGAGUUAGAAUCCAUCUCCUUAAUA